AUGGAGCUGCUGCCCCGGGGCCGGCCGGCGCCGCCGGACUCGCCGCCAGACAGCGUGUCGCUGGGCUCGCUGGAGUCCAGCGUGUUCUGCAGCGAGGGCGACGGGGCGCCCCCCGGGGCGGGGGACAGCCUCACGGUGAACGUGGGCGGCAGCCGCUUCGUGCUGUCGCAGCAGGCGCUGUCCUGCUUCCCGCACACGCGCCUGGGCAAGCUGGCCGAGCUGGUGGCCUCGUGCCGGCGCCCCGGGGCCCUGGCCGCCGCGCCCAGCCCGCUGGACUUCUGCGACGACGCCAACCCCGUGGACAACGAGUACUUCUUCGACCGGAGCUCGCAAGCCUUCCGCUACGUGCUGCACUACUACCGCACCGGCCGCCUGCACGUCAUGGAGCAGCUGUGCGCGCUGUCCUUCCUGCAGGAGAUCCAGUACUGGGGCAUCGACGAGCUCAGCAUCGACGCCUGCUGCAGGGACAGAUACUUCAGGAGGAAAGAGCUGAGUGAGACCUUAGACUUCAAGAAGGACACCGAAGACCAGGAGAGUCAACACGAGAGCGAGCAAGACUUCUCACAAGGACCUUGUCCCACCGUCCGCCAGAAGCUCUGGGACAUCCUGGAGAAGCCCAGGUCGUCCACCGCCUCCCGCGUCUUCGGGGUCAUCUCCAUCAUCUUCGUGGCCGUGUCCAUCGUCAACAUGGCCCUGAUGUCGGCGGAGCUGAGCUGGCUGGACCUGCAGGUGCUGGAGAUCCUGGAGUACUUCUGCAUCAGCUGGUUCACCGGGGAGUUCGCCCUGCGCUUCCUGUGCGUGCGGGACAGGUGCGGCUUCCUCAGGAAGGUGCCAAACAUCAUAGACCUGCUGGCCAUCCUGCCCUUUUACAUCACCCUUCUGGUGGAGAGCCUGAGUGGGAGCGAGACCACGCAGGAUCUGGAAAACGUGGGGCGCAUCGUCCAGGUCUUGAGGCUGCUCAGGGCUCUGCGCAUGCUAAAGCUGGGCAGGCACUCUACAGGAUUACGCUCCCUUGGAAUGACAAUCACCCAGUGUUAUGAAGAAGUCGGCCUACUGCUCCUAUUUCUGUCUGUGGGGAUUUCUAUCUUCUCCACGGUGGAAUAUUUUGCUGAGCAAAGCAUCCCUGACACAACCUUCACAAGUGUCCCUUGUGCGUGGUGGUGGGCUACCACAUCCAUGACUACGGUGGGCUAUGGGGACAUUAGACCAGACACCACCACAGGCAAAAUCGUGGCCUUCAUGUGUAUCUUAUCAGGAAUCCUCGUCUUGGCUCUGCCUAUUGCUAUUAUUAACGACCGCUUCUCUGCUUGCUAUUUUACCUUGAAGCUCAAGGAAGCAGCUGCCAGACAGCAUGAGGCUCUGAAGAAGCUCACCAAGAACAUAGCCACGGACUCAUAUAUCAGCAUGAACUUGAGAGAUAUCUAUGCCCGCAGCAUCAUGGAGAUGCUCCGACUAAAAGGCAGGGAAAGAGCAAGCACCAGGAGCAGUGGAGGAGAUGAUUUCUGGUUCUGA